UAGAAAGCCAUACAUUCGUCAAAUAAACCAAAAAGAAAGUAAAGUCUUUCGGUAGUUAAAAAAGUAUUUUCUUUCAAUGUAACGCACUUAAUUGCGAACGAUGUAGCUUUACUGUAGUGGUGAUGAUGAUUCUUUCUGGGCAUUGUAAUGCUAAUACUUAAACAACCAAACGUGGACCUCCGUCAUUUGGCUUUUCAGUUCAUCAGGAGCAAAGACUUGCUGGGGUGACUAUGAAAGUUGUUACUAUGGCAACCAUCGCUAACUAUUUCAGGGGCCUAAUGUAGCGCUUUUCCAUCUGCUAGAAUUUUCAGUGCAAGCACUUGUAAAUCUGUUAACCGCGAAUGUGUGACGUGCUCUUCAUUUGGAACACAGUCAUAGUGUUGGUGAGUCAAGUUGACUGCUGUCGUUCUACUUGCUUGCCCGAUGGAGCAGUACAGCAUCCUUGGGAGGAUUGGGGAGGGAGCUCACGGUAUUGUUUUUAAAGCUAAGCAUAUAGAGACAGGUGAGACCGUGGCUUUGAAGAAGGUAGCGCUGAGGAAGUUGGAGGAUGGAAUUCCAAACCAGGCACUUCGAGAGAUUAAAGCACUGCAAGAAAUAGAAGAAAAUCAGUAUGUUGUCAAAUUGAAAGAUGUUUUUCCACAUGGAAUUGGUUUUGUUUUAGUCUUUGAAUAUAUGCUUUCUGAUCUGUCAGAAGUGAUCCGCAAUUCAGACCGUCCACUCACUGAAUCUCAAGUGAAAAGUUAUAUGAUGAUGCUCCUAAAGGGUGUGGCAUUCUGCCAUGAAAACUCCAUUAUGCAUCGGGACCUUAAACCUGCUAAUUUGCUAAUAAGUUCUACUGGCCACCUGAAGAUUGCAGAUUUUGGACUAGCAAGAGUGUUUUCUAAUGAAGGGGAACGACUUUACAGCCAUCAGGUGGCUACAAGAUGGUAUCGAGCACCGGAGCUGUUGUAUGGAGCUAGGAAGUAUGAUGAAGGUGUAGAUCUUUGGGCAGUAGGUUGCAUAUUUGGAGAACUGCUAAACAAUUCUCCGCUCUUCCCAGGUGAAAAUGAUAUUGAACAGCUGUGCUGCGUGCUGAGGGUCCUGGGAACACCCAAUGAAGAAAUAUGGCCAGAGAUCACAGAGUUACCAGACUACAAUAAGAUUACUUUUAAGGAGAAUCCACCAAUUCCUCUGGAGCAAAUUGUGCCAGAUGCUUCCUCACAGGCAUUAGACUUGUUGAAACAUUUUCUUGUAUACCCUUCUAAGCAAAGGAUCCAAGCUGCAAAGGCCCUGUUACAUCCCUAUUUCUUCACAGAGCCUUUGCCAGCUCAUCACUCAGAGCUGCCAAUCCCUCAGCGCAGUGGGAGAAAGACACGCCAACACCUACAGCACCAGUAUGAAUUUCAUGUUGAUCAACCUAUUGAGGAGUCAGUAGUGAAUCCAGACAUAGUACCACUUCAUCUGCGUUUCUAAUGAAAGAGACCAAGUUGCCUAAUUUUGUUAAGACAGAAUAAUCAAAUGAAAUAUUGCAGCUGUGGAAUUGGUGGCAAGUAAUCAUUUAGAUUCUGGUAAAUGAAAGGCAUGUACAAAACAAGAAGAUAUUUUCCAAUCCUAAAGUUUGUUUAUUGGAAGGAGUAAUGUCCCAUUGACUGCAGUCUUGCUAAUAUCUUGGAGAAGUAUAAGUUGAGAUAAAAGAUGAUUAGAAAGAUAAAAAUAGGAAAUCUGUGUUGUAUAGCUUGCAGGUUUAACUUGGAUUUUAAGUAUUAGAAUACCAGAAGUCUCUGACUUAAACAGUGAUUUUUAUUUUUGCCUUUUUUUCACCACCCUUCUUUCAUUAUUACUGACCUGGACUCCGUGCACCCCUGGACUUAUUCCAGUAAUCGCUGCUGCUGGUCAUAGAUUGCAGACAUGGGACUUGGCGUGUCUGUGCUUCUGUCGGGGGGGCUGUUACCUUGGCCUACUUUGUUUCACCCCCUUUCUCUUUUGCAGCAGCAUGGUUUGGUCCUAGAGGGAUUCCAAUGUAGGAUCAAUGGUGUACCACCCCGCCUCCACAGCAAAAGCCCCACUGCCCCCCUCGAUCAUGCUUCCUCUGGCAGUGUCCCUAGCCUCCACCAGAGAUCAUUGUCUGGAGAUGCCCAUGUACCACCCUCCACCCAAGGAUGUGCAUACCCAUCCCUCCCUGCCACUCUAUCAAUCACCCUAGAUGCUAAUCAAACCCAAGACGUCUGGGCCGUAGUUGGGGCUUCAUCCCUUUACGUCACUGGAGCAGCUAUAAACAUUGAUUUUUAAUAAUAUUUUUCAGUCUGAGUGGUGCUUUUCUCUGUCAAAUGGGUGUUGAGCAGAAACAUUUUGUGAGACAAAAUAUGAAAAGUUUUUUUAUGUAGAACAUGUCAGAGAUGUAGUUUUAUCUGUCAGAAUGUACUCUGAAUUUUUAAGUCAUGCCUCAUAUCUUCUCUGAUUCAAUAAAUUGAAGUCAAGACUU